AUGACAGGGCAUGUGACCUUUGAGGAUGUGGCUGUGUACUUCUCCCAGGAGGAGUGGGCGCUCCUUGACGAGGCUCAGAGACACCUGUACCACACCGUGAUGCUGGAGAACUUGGCACUGCCCUGCGUCCGCCGAAGGGAACUGGAACCUAGAGGAGCAGAAGAGGGCACGUGUGCUCUGCACGGAGCGGGUCUGAGGUUCGGCGCGAGCACGGCUGCGGGGAGCCGCCUUCGGGGCCUCCUGCCGGUCUCCGCCAUUAUCACGCGUCCCCUGGCCCGGUCGAGCCCGCCGAUGACUAUGGUGACGGCCGGGCCAAGGUACCCGGCGCAGGGCCAUGUGACCUUUGAGGAUGUGGCUGUGUACUUCUCCCAGGAGGAGUGGGCGCUCCUUGACGAGGCUCAGAGACACCUGUACCACACCGUGAUGCUGGAGAACUUGGCACUGAUAGCCUCCCUGGGUUGUUGGCAUGGGGUAAAAGCUGAGGAAGCUUUUUCUGAGCAGUGUGUUUUUAUGGAAAGAGUGGCACAGGCCAGGACUCCAGACCCAGGCCUGUCUAUCCCAAAGGCUCAUUCCUGCAUUGUGUGUGUCCUAGCGGAGAAAGGCGUCUUGUACCUUGCUGAGCACGAAGGAACAUGUGCUGGACUGAAACCAUGCACUUGUGGGCCUUGUGGAAAACUCUGCUCGUUUAGUUCUUACUUACACCAGCACCAGAAGCAGAACCAUGGAGAGAAGGACCUUGGAAGGGAGGAGAACGGGGCUUUGUUCAUGAAGAGCAAAGUCCUCAUGUCAGACAAUAUUUUCACCUGUGGAGAGGUUGAGCAUUAUUCCCUGGGCAGCCUGGGCCUUCUCCAGCACCAGACCAUCCCCAGUGGAGAGCAUCCACACAGAGGCAGCGGGAGCAGGGCAGUUUCUCACACUCGGCGACGGCAGCACAGCACACAUGGGCAAGCCUGCCACAAAAAGGUUAAAUUCAUGGGGCAGCAGAGCGCUCACACUGGAGAAAGCCUUCAUAAGUGCAGUCAAUGUGAAAAAUCCUUCGUCUCCAAAAAAAGACUUCUUGAGCACCAGAGAAUCCACACUGGAGGAAAGCCUCAUGAGUGUAGCAAGUGUGGCAGGUUCUUUAAGUACAAAUCUAGUCUUAACCAACACUGGAAAGUUCACACUGGAGAAAGGCCUCAUAAGUGCAGUGACUGCGGGAAGUCCUUUAUCUAUAAAAGCAGACUUCUUGAGCACCAGAGAAUCCAUACUAGAGAAAGGCCUUAUAAGUGCAGUGAAUGUGGGAAGUCUUUCAUCUAUAAAAAGAGACUUCUUGAGCACCAGAGAAUCCACACUGGAGAAAGGCUUUAUAAGUGCAGUGAAUGUGGGAAGUCUUUCUUCUACAAAAGAAUACUUAUAAGGCACCAGAGAAUCCACACUGGAGGAAAGCCUCAUGAGUGUAACGAAUGUGGGAAAUUCUUUAGACACAGACCCAACCUUAUUCAUCACCGGAAAGUUCACUCUAGAGAAAGGCCUUAUAAAUGCAGUGAAUGUGGGAAGUCCUUCAUCCAUAAAAGGAGACUUCUUGAGCACCAGAGAAUCCACACUGGAGAAAGGCCCUAUAAGUGCAAUGAAUGUGAAAAGUCCUUCUUCUACAAAAGAAUACUCCUUGAGCACCAGAGAAUCCAUACUGGAGAAAAGCCUUAUGAGUGUAACGAAUGUGGGAAGUUCUUGAGACACAAAUCUAGCCUUAAUCAUCACUGGAAAGUUCACACUGGAGAAAGGCCUCAUAAGUGCAGUGAAUGUGGGAAGUCCUUCAUCCAUAAAAAGAGACUUCUUGAACACCAGAGAAUGCACACUGGAGAAAGACUUUAUAAAUGCAGCGAAUGUGAAAAGUCCUUUGUCUACAAAAGCAGACUUCUUGAGCACCAGAGAAUUCACACUGGAGAAAAGCCUUAUGAGUGCAGCCAAUGUGGGAAGUUCUUCAGACACAGCUCCACCCUCCUUAAACACCAGAAAGUUCACAACGGAGAAGGCCAUCUCAGCGUGGUAAAUGUGGAAAUCUUACAUCCACAAAAAAAGAUUUGCACCAGAGAAUCUACAUCAGAGAAAAGUUUUAUGAAUGCAGCAAGUGUGGGUAAACCUUCAUAA